AUGGUUUCACCAAGUACGAGAAGCACGCGCUCGAGAUACUCCAGUCCACGCCAAAUACCAUUCGGCUCUGUUGAUUCGAUUAAGGGGCAACGCAGUGCUAGCGUGAGUGGGAGUGGGAGCGGUGGGAGCGGCAACGCCAGCGGCAGCGGCAGCGGCGGAAAGAGCAAAGGGAACGGAGGCGGAGGCGGCAACAGUAAGAGCUCGGGAACAGAAGGCCAAAAGACGUUCAUGGAUCGCUGGCUGGAACCACCCGUGCAGAACAAGCCCAGCUUUGCCGACGCCGGCUUGGUGCGCCACGGUGUUGUCGAGGGAAUGGCGCCCCUGGGGACGAUGCCCAAGGCGGGCUUCUUCAAGAAGGCUACACCUGCACCACCACCACCGCCUGAGUCGAAGCCUUUCAAGACGACGAGAAUCGUGAUCAAGCGGCCUGUAGCGCCCCCAGCACCUGCGCCGGCUCCCGCAGCUACUACUCCGGCACCUGAGGAGGACGAGACUGAAGAUGAAGAGGAAAGUGGGAACGGCAGCAUCAUGACGGGCGCCGAUGAGACGGGAUCGGAGAGGAUGACUCCUGCCCCUAUUUUUUCGGCUUCGACGCGCCGCCCUCUGCCAGUUUCUCAAACCCUAGCCACCUCACACGGGCUCAUGGUGGAUCCUCGGACGCAGCUCAUGGACGCAGUGAUAGAAAAGGCGGUGGAAGAGGCCGUUGCGCAUCACCGGUAUCCUACGGCGUACGCCCUCAAGACGCUCUACGAGGAGGAUCGACACAACUCCAGGUUCCGGGUUAUUGCGGAGAAGGUUUUCACGCAGACUGCAGAUGCCGGGAUGCUCGAAGAAUUUGCCCGGAUGCUCCACCAAAAGAAAAAGGAAGCGAAGAGGAAAAACAUGGGCUUGAAUUAUUUUGAGGGUAUGACGGCCAUGGGUCAGGCGCCGCCCAAGCCCCAGCGGGCCUCGUACGGCCAUCUAGUCACAUUAGACAUUUCCGCCGUGCGACACUAUCGUGAUGCGGUUGAGCAGCAAAGAGCUGGAUCCGGUGAUGUGAAGCAAGAGGAAGCCAGUCAUGGAGAUGCUCCGGAGCGGGUCCGUCAACCGCCUUUUGUUGUCCAGCAACAAUCGUUGCACCAGCACAAUCAGCAGGAUCUCCAAUACCGCCAGCGGCUCCAGCUCCAGCAGGAACAACGGCAGCCUCAGCACUGCCAGCCAACAUACCCUGAACCCGGUCCGUACCCCAAACCCAACCCUGAACAAGGACCUGAGCCAAAACAGCCUGAACAGCCUGAACAGCCAGUGGCAGGACCCAACCCCGAAUUGGCACCCACAUCUGAGCCUGCUCUUGAACAUCUUCCGCUCGACCCUCAACUUCUUAAUCCUCCACACCAACAACCACCACCAUCCCCGCAACCACCAUCACCACCACAACAAAAACAGAAACAACAAGCACCUCCGCCGGAGUUGGUCUCUAACCCUGCGCCCAGGAUUUCAUUCACUGGAGGCAAAGCUGACAAGGAAGAGCAAGAGUACAAAGAUCAGCAAUCUCAUUCUGACCCACCUCUUAACCUUUCCUCAUCUCACUUUGAACGGGACCCGGAGGAAGAAGGGGAAAAGGAGCAAGAGCACUUGCUGGCUUUGAAGACGUCUGCUACGACACCUGUGCUUGCACUCGCGCCUGCGCUUGCGCCUGCAUCACGGGAACCGGAACAAGAGCAGCGUCCGCCAGACCAUGAGCAGGAAGCUGAGGGUAAAAUCCGAGAAAUUUAUGUCCGCAAGAAGCACAGAUCACCAAGAAAGCCUGAAUCAGCAAGGGCAAAGAUGGUCGCCAACGGGGGUAAUGGAAAGGCCAAGUCAGUUUCGCCGAAGAAGAGGGGGCGGGCGAGCUCCAUCUCAAGCUCGUCGUCGUUGUCGAGCGCACGAUCGCUCUCACCACCAGCAAACGUGUAUGAUGAAGAUGGGCUAGGGAGCAGCUUUGCCAUUUCGAUCUCGCCUUCUCGUGUCAGCCCAGCGCCCAUCAUCUCUCCCGCCGCGGCGGUCGAUUCUGCUGCGAGUGGAGCUGGUAAUGGCGUCGAGGGCGGCAAUCGUGAUGCCGUUGCGUCACACCCAAUCACGGUUCGUCGCCGCAUCAACGUGAGGAGGAACAGGAACGUUUCACCUGCCCUCCCAUCACCGGCCUCACCCACGGGUAGGCAGAGCGGUUCCUUGGAUCCCGCUAUUGGAUAUCCAUAUGAAAUGCCUGCCGUCGUCGACGCGCCUUUGUUCCCAAAUCUGAACUCAAAGAAGGGGUCGAAGUCGGGUGUCCAGGGCGUUGUGUUCCCUAGCAAAGUUGGGCGGAUUGAUGAGAAUGACCCGAAGUAUCGCCUGCGACAGAGCGCCAAGAAGAUCACGGCCAACUAUAACAAACCGUUCCCCGAGAGCUUCACCAGAGAGUCGUAUCCCAAGGAGGAGCCUUCUGUGGAGGUGGAAGAGGUGCUGGUAUGUGCGCCUUUAACGCGACCUAUGAGCUCAGCAGCACCAGAGACGACAACGCGGGCUACCUCUGUCUCAGCCGAAGGCCGGAGCACGCGCGCAUCAAGGAAGAGGUCGCAUGUUGAACUGGAAGAGCAGCAGUCAUCACCUACGGCGGCUACUUUUCCUGCAUCGGACGUUGCUUCUACGGCUGCGAACUCGAGAGCAGGGACGCCUGCGCUGCGGCCCGCAAAGAAACCCAGGACGGGUCUGAGGGUGAAGAAUUCUUUGUCUCUUGUGCAUCUUGUGAUCCGUCACGGCAAGGUCAAUGUUAAGGCGGCUGCGUGCAAGCCAUUAAUCGACUGGACAGGAUGGCCGAUGAAGAAGAAGACGUCCGCGGCCGGCAUCCCGCGGGCGAGCGGAGAGCGAAGUAGUCCGACCGUCACCACUGGCAACUAUGCCAAGGAGGACGACAAUGAUGAUUAUUGCUCAUCCUGUGGUGGUAACGGCCAGCUCAUCUGCUGCGAUGGUUGCACCCGGUCUUUUCACUUCAGUUGCGUGGAUCCGCCGCUGGUGCAAGGUGCUAUGCCCGACGAGUGGUUCUGCAAUGUCUGUCGCACCGCUCACAAUCCUCCGGUCUUCCCCGUGUAUAGCGGCCCUUUUGCGUCUUUGAUGGAGAAGCUGGAAGCCAAGAACUCGAGCGCAUUCGCCCUUCCGCUUGAUGUGCGCGAGUAUUUCGAGGCUGUUCGCACCGGUCAAGAUGGCGAGUAUGAAGAGAUUGUGCCUCUAGUCAAACCGCCGGCUAAGAGGAAAAAGAGCGACGAGGAGUCCGGACCCGAUUUUUUCAGGUUACGUGAUGAUAAGGGAGAUCCGGCAAUAUGCCAUCUGUGUCAAGGAGGAGCCACCGCUCGUACCAGGGCCAUAAUCCCCUGUAGUCUAUGCGGUCUCUUCUGGCACUUGGAUUGUCUUGACCCGCCUCUGGCCAACCCGCCUGUUCUCCGAACAUGGAAGUGUCCUUGCCACGUUGAUGAUUUGCUCGCCAAGGUGCCAGGCCAGCUGGCGCCGGCUCACAAGUUCCGCAAGAUCAAGGGUGCAUCGGUAAUCAGGCCGGCUUAUGGUCGCGCUUAUAUUAACAACGGCUACAUCGAGGUGGAACCCGAGGCUAGCGACGACGAGAGCGGCUGGAAGAAUGUCGAGACCUAUGGCAAGGUUGUGAGAUUGCCUGCCAAGGGCAUCAAGCUCGAUUUCUUGUCACGCGUCCGUGAAAAUCGCAAGGGCAAACCUAUUCCCCCCCUCAACCUUUCUCAGACCACCGGCGCUGCGGCCUCAGUUGGGUCAUCUCUCCUCAACAAGCGGAGCUUAGAAGAGCAGCAAGCAGUUUACAAUCUUGCUGCGCUGAGUGGACAAGGCACAAGCGGUGUUAAUACCUUAGUUGAUACCUUGUUGGCCCAAGCUGAUCCUUCGGUCAUCUCGCUGAUGGCGAGCGGCAACUCUGAUCACCUUGCCAAUGGUAACCUGAACCAUAUGGACCAACAGAGUCUUCGUGCUAUGCUCGCCCAGAUGGAGAAGAUGACAAGCCAAAUCAGGAGCAUGCUGGAGCCUGUCACUCCCAUGGCUACCUCUCAGGAUCAAUUGGUAUCAUCUAAAGUCCCGAGCUUGACGAACUCGUCGCAGUCCAUCACAGAUGGGGAGUCGGAAAAGACGGUCCGCGAUGUUGAGGGCACGCCAACGGUGAAGAAGGAACUGCCUUCUUCGCCGGCUGCGACCGACGAUGUCGCUAACGCCAAGCAAACCAAGGAGCCAGCGCCUCCCAGGAGAAAAAAGCGGAAGAGUAACGGAAGGAAGAGCGCAGACAGUGAUGCGGCGGUACUCCACAACGGUGAUAUAGAUGUGGACGCAUGA